AUCCAUCUCAUCUCAUGGUAUCAUCCAUUCUAAUCAGAGCUCCUCGCUCGUCGCUCGUCGCUCGUCGCUCGUCGGCCGACGUUCGCUGCUCGAGCAAGGCAGGGAGCGGAGGAGCAAGCCACCAACAAGACGUCGGGGGCCGGGUCGAGGAUGGAGGGUCACGACACGGUAGCAAUCUCAUGCCGUGCCGUCGUCGUGAUCGCGCGCUGUGAUCUUGGGCCGUGCCGCCCGCUGCUGCAUCUCUCAACUUUUCUCCAUACCACGCCCUACGCCCUCCUGCCAUGCCCUCGUCGUCGUCUUCUUCUUCUUCCAAGAGGGGCCCCGACGAUGGCGACGAAGGCCACUCGUCGCAGCGACGCCGCUUUGACUGGACCGACUUUCUCGAUCGUCAUCUGCAAGCCGCCAGCUCAGUGACCGCAUAUCUCCCUCCCCCUGGAUCUACCGACGAGUCCGUCCGCAUCACCUGGUGUCCUGGCGGUGCCUCUCGCAGCCAAGAGGUUGCUACAAGCAAGGGUCGGGCUGCGUCGUCGGACGGGCAGAACCGCGAUGACAAUCAGCAAGACGGCAGUAGCGGCGGCAGCCAUGAACGCAACGCUACGCACGGUGGUGAGGCGAGUCGCGAUGGUGACGAUGGCAACGGCCAGGGCAGCAGCGGCAAAGGAGGCAACGGCCAAGGAAACAACGGCCAAGGCAGCAGCGGCCAAGGCGGCAACGGCCAAGGCGGCAAUGGAGACGAGCACAACGAGCGCGACAAUAACGACGAGCGUGACAACGUCCGUACCGCGAAGCCCGGAUGCAUCGUCAACGCAGUGCACGAGGUAGACGAUGCCGCCGUCGAGGCCAUCACCGGCGUCAUCCAACAAUCCCAAGAGACGAGCAGCAGCGACCAAUCCCGAGGGUUCAGCACAGACGACGACGAUGGAGAACAAGGCUUCAGCUUUGACGCUGGCACAGACGACGACGAUGGACAGCAAGACUACAGCUUUGACGUCUUUCAUGAUGACGCGCCUGACGUUGUUCAUGACGACGCGCCUGACCUGGACGACACCGAUCUCAACGUCUCUGCGCCCGACGACACCGCGCCCGACGUCGCUGCCCUCGACGACACUGCGCCCAACGAGCUCGAGGCUACGCACAUAGAGGCUACCGACAACACAGCUCCCCUCGAGACGCCCUCUACGACGCACACGCAAGCGAUUCGCACCUUUGCAGAGCAGAGCGUACAGACGGAUCCUCUCGAGCCUCUCGAGCCUCACGAACGUACCGCACCUCCCCCGCCUCUCUCUGGCCCCGCGUCGCGCACGCAGACGUACACCAAGAAGCGUGUGGUCCGCAUCGACGACGAAGAGGACAAGGAGGCUUAUCUUGCUCGCCACGUCAAGGAGGGAUCCAUCGUUGAGACGGAAUGUGGCUGGACCGCGCUUGGACGUCUCUUUGGCCUCGACAGCUUUGCUUUCAGAGUCAAGACGCUGCGGUGGGUCAAGCAAAACGAGGCAGUCAUCGCGAAAAAGCUGCCCCUACUCAAAAGGGCCAGACUGGCGAGGAUCAAGGACAACAUCUUGCCUGGCGGCAACGACCUCGAAUUGGACGACGACGGGGACUUGUCCGACGUCGUCGCCUCUGUCAAUCACCUCGAGAAGAGCUGCGAUGGGCCAGAGCACCGCCUCACUCGCGACGUCAUCGCCAUCGUUGCAGAGAUGGAAGAGCGAGUCCUUGCCUGCCUUUCGCGCAAGGGUCCGAAGCACUCUGGGACUUACCUGCCCCGCAAGAUCACUCGCAACGACGCGAACAUCCAAGACGCAGUCGUACUCGUGACCGAUGGCGAAGACAAUGGCUUUGCCUUGGCAGAGCACUCCAAGGACGUCGCCUUCCCUCCAGUCAUCACCGUUUACUGGCAAUCCACAAUCACGAGCGUCAUUCGCAGCGAGACGCAUCGUCGCAUCCACAAGGAAUACUGGUUUGAGACUCGUGCGAUGGCAGGCAAGCGUGGGGCCACCAAAUGCCUCUGUCACUCUGUGGAGAGGCAGAGAAAGGAGGCUCAACCUCGAUCCAGGUCCACGACGGCCGUCGUCGAGGCAGGCGAGGGAGGCGGGGGAGGUGCGGGAGGUGAUGCAGGCCGCGGCAGCGAUGCAGGCGAGGGCAGUGAUGAUGGCAGCAGCGGCAGUGGGGAAAGCGAGGAGGAGGAGGAUGAGUAGGGGUCUCAUCAAGGCGUUACACGCGGCCUCUUCAAUCAAAUCGCUCUUGACCAUCUCAUGGCGCAGGGUGGGACGCGAAACAACUUGUAUUCGUGCGGGGUGUAGAUGCGUGUGGUGUCGGGGUG